AAAAAAUUAAAGCAAGACCAACAUCUGAACACAAUACAUGGACACCAGAGGAUGAUGAAACAUUAAGAAUGGCUACGCAUAAAUAUGGUGUAGGAAAAUGGAGUGAAAUUCGAAAGAAAUUUUUUUCUGAUAGGUCAUCAGCACAAGUUCAAGAAAGAUGGAAAGUUUUAUCGAAAACCAAAUUUGGAAGAUGGUGCCCUGAAGAAGAUAAGAAAUUACAAGAACUAGCUAAACAAUAUAAAGAAGAUUAUCGAGUAAUUUCUGAGAUAUUAAAACGACCAGUUCAUUCAGUUUAUGUUCGGUACAAACGUUUACAAACUCCAAAAUGGACAAUUGAAGAAUUAGAUAAAUUGCGUGAUUUAUUAAAAGAAUAUGGCAAAGAUUGGGAGAGAAUUGAACAAAUGAUACCAGGAAGAAAUGGGUGGGAAAUUAAAAAAGUGGCGGAUACAUUAGUUUGUGUUAAUCCUUUUAUUAAUAAACGGAUGUGGAGUAAGACGGAAAAAGAAUUGAUUAAGAAAGGUGUGGAAAUGCAUGGAAAUAAUUGGGUUAAGGUUAGUCAAGUUGUAGGAACUAGAUCACAUAGACAAUGUCAAAGAUAUUGGCAGAUAGAACAAGGAAAAGAGAAAACCGGAAAAAUAACCAAUGACAAUGAUCAUUAA